CUGUCCCAGGAGCAUUAGCAGUGAGAGCAGUGCUGUCUGCAGGCACAGGUUAUUAAUUACUCAAACAGUUAGAUGGCGUAGAAACUGCUGACUGAUUUGUAAAGGUGAGAAGUUUUACAUUUUUAUGAUUCUGUACCAGUUGUUUGUUUCUCCAUGAAGAAGAAGAAGGUUUCAGAUCUAGUCAUCCUGGUCGCAGUGUGAAGGUGCAGCAUUCCUCUGGAUCUGGCUGGAGAAAAUGAUCCUCACUUCCCCUGACAGGCAGUGCUGGGGCACCUCAGCAGAGCCCUGAGCCUGCACCUGCACAGAAUUCCGUCCGUGAUUUGGAAAGAGGGCGAGGAAACUCUGAGGUUUAGUACGGAGAGGAGACGAGCGCGGCUGAACGACAUCGGCAGGGCUGAUCCAACAGAGGCUAAAACCAAAACAGCUCGUGUUUGCGGUGAUCAUUUUAUCUCAGGAGCGCCAGCAAAAUUAUAUGAUAGAAACAAUCCAGACUGGGCGGCCACUCAGAAAAUGGGCCGUGUUUCGUCCAAGGUCGGACUUGAUUUUUCGGCAGCCGAACCAAAUGGAACACGAUAUCUGGGUACUCGAUGAUUCGUUUCAUUGAAAGAAAGUGAAAAAGACGACAGUCCUAACUCUUAAAACUGCAGAUCAGAAACGCCAUGCUUUAGACCUUAAAACCUUGUAAAUGGAGUCAGCAGAGGUUCAGCCGUGCUCUUCGAGAAGAUCUCCACACACUCCUGAUCCUGUUGGUACACUGGUUUGUGGGAGUGUGUCCACAGACAGCGGAGAAACAUCACGUUCUGUGGGACACGUCACCCCUUUUGGUCAUCCGGAAGAUAUAAAAAAGGAAGAACUGGCAGAUGAAGACGACCUCUGUGGCGAGACGUCAGGCUCUGUGGGAGAAAUAACCCCCGAUCAGCGGAUCCGUGUAAAACACGAAGAAGCUGAAGGUGAAGACGAUAUCUACGAUGUGGAAGACCUAAUCCAGCAGAACAGAGGAUGUCCAACGAAGCACGUAAAAGAGGAAGAGUCUGAAUGUCUAGCCAGAGAAAUGAACGCUGCCCAGUUAGAAGUCUUAUCCUGCUCAUGGUGUUCACUUUCUUGUACGUCUCAAAUUUACCUCCACAAACACAUCAAAAGAUGCCACUAUGAGGAAUAUGAGAAAUUAAAAUCAGGAGAGAUGAAAGCUGUGAAUCUUCUGCCCACAAUAAGCAACAGUGUUCAUCAGACAGUCUGUGAUACCUCCAGCCAACAAAUGGAGAAAGACGUCCAUCUCUGCUCCCAGUGUGGGAGGAGCUUUUCGAACCGGAGCAGCCUCAGACGACACCAGUACAUUCACACGGGGGUGAAGCCGUUUCACUGCUCGCAGUGCGAUACGAGUUUUAUUCAGCGGAGAGAUCUCCGAGAACACCAGGUCAUUCACACGGGCCAGAGGCCGUAUUGCUGCUCGCAGUGCGAGAGGAGUUUUUCUCGACAGCGUGAACUCAAUAUACACGAACGCAUUCACACCGGAGAGAUGAUGCAUCACUGUUCCGAUUGUUCAAAGAGUUUUAAUCGUCAGAGUAAUCUCAUCAAGCACCAGGUCAUUCACACCGGAGAGAAACCGUAUCCCUGCUUGCAGUGCGGGAGGAGCUUUUCUAACCGGAGCAAUCUCAGACGACACCAGUCCGUUCACACGGGGGUGAAGCCGUUUCACUGCUCGCAGUGCGGUACGAGUUUUGUUCAGCGGAGAGAUCUGAAAGAACACCAGCACAUUCACACGGGCGAGAAGCCGUAUCGCUGUUCGCAGUGCGCGAAGAGUUUUUCCCGACAGCGUGAACUCCACAUACACCAACGCCUUCACACCGGAGAGAAGCUGCAUCACUGCUCAGAGUGUUCCAAGAGUUUUAAUCGUCAGAGUAAUUUCAUAAAACAUCAGUACAUUCACACCGGAGAGAAACCGUAUCGCUGCUCACACUGUGGGAAGAGUUUUACUCGACAGCUCGAUGUCCAGCGACACCAGCGUACCCAUACAGGAGAGAAGCCGUUUCAGUGCUCAGAGUGCGGGAAGAGUUUUACCGAUAAAACCAAUCUCAGAGUUCAUCAGCGCACCCACAGUGGAGAGAAGCCGUAUCGCUGCUCACAGUGCGGGAAGAGUUUUACUCGACAGAGCACUCUGAAAGCACACUGGCGCGUUCACGCAGGACCAGAGCUGCAUCACUGCUCACAGUGGGGGAAGAGCUUCACUUGACAUCGCGGCCUCCGACCACGCCAACGUGUUCACACGGGAGAGAAGCCGUGUUACAGCGUGGGAAGCGUUUCGUUCACAAGUCCUCUCAAAGCGCACCAGGAGCUUGCUUAUGGCACGGCUUGUUGCAGAUGAUAUGCUGCAUGUUAAAAGGUCGAAGAAGGUGAACUUCACUGACUGUGAAGUAGAGACAGUGAUGCAGGAAAUAAACUAAAUUGAUAACGGUUUAGGUGCGAGUAGUUUGGCAAAUGAAUAAAUGUUUUUACAAGCCCAAUUCCAGAAAAGUUGGCACGCUGUGUACAAUGUACGUAAAAACAAAAUGUGAUUUUGCAAGUGUCAACAAGGACAACGUAUCAAAUGUUGAAGCUGAAAUGCCAGCAACUUGUUUCAGAAAGUGCACGUUUCAGAGCAACAUGAGGCCAUUAUUAAAAAAUGUUCUGUUUCCGGUCCACCAGCCGGGUGAGUGCCGUUUGUGCGGUUUAAUUUUGUUUUUUUUUUUAACGCCGGUUUUUCGACUUUUUUUAAAGAUAUUUUUUGGGCUUUUUUUCACCUUUAGGACAGUGUAGAGACAGGAAAUGAGCAGGAAAGAGAGAGACACAGGGAGGGAUUGGGAAAUGACCUUGGGUCGGAAUCGAACCUGGGUCCCUGGAUUUAUGGUGUGGCGCCUUAUCCACCUGGGCUCUGACUGGGCCGUUCCAGAACUUUUGAUCAUCUUCUGAAGCUGUUCUUUUGUUGAUCUGGGUUUGUGCUGUUGGUCAUUGUGCUGGAAGGUGACUUUUUCUUCAGCUGUCUGACAGAGGCCUGCAGGUUUUUUGCCACAGUAUAUUUGCAUUUGGAGCUAUUCAUUCGCUCUGUAUUGACGAGAGCCCUAGUGCCAGCUGAAGAGAAACAACCCUAUAACGUCAUGCUUCCACUACCGUGCUUCACCGCAGAUAUAGUGUUCUUUGGGUAAUAUGCAGUCUUUGUCUUGUUUUAGAGCAAACUUAUCUUUUUUAGAAUUAUGCCCCAAAUGUUUUGACUUUGUCUGAUUGGAGAAAUUGAUUUGGGGUGAUUUAGUCAGGCUUUGCUUCAGUCUAGACACCCCACCCCAUAGCCCAGGCAUGUGAAGAGCAUGAGAGAUUGUGGUCACAUGGGGCAGCAUGGUGGUGCAGUGGUUAACACCAUCACCUCGCAGCAAGAAGGUUCUGGGUUCUAACCUGCCAGUUAGCUGGGAUUGGUUCCAACUCCCCCGUGACCCACAAUGGAUAAGCGAAAGAAUGAGUAUAGAAAACUAAUGAAUGGACAUGGUCAAAUUCAGGGAGUGUUCAGUUCUUGUUCCUGCAGUUCCCUUAAUGUAGCUGUAAGUCUCUUGGCAACUUCCUCCAUGAGUUUUUUUUUUUUCAUCUCAUCCUUUUGUCAGUUUUGGAGGAACCUCCUGUUCUUGCUCAUCAUUGUGGUGUCCUGUUUAUUCCAUUCUUGAUGGCCUUCAGUGUUCCAUGGUAUAUUUUAAUGUUUUGGAAGUACCUUUUGUACCCUUCUCCUGGUUGAUACCUUUUCAUCAAUGAGAUUCUGUACAUGCUUUGUCGGCACUUUUAUGGACUUUUUUUAUAGUCCGUGAGGUCAAGAAAAUCCUACAAAACUGCUGACCUUUAUUUGGGGUUAAUCAGGAUCAUGUCAUUGAUGGCGGGUGUAUGUUAAUUAACUUUGAACAUUAGUUUGAAUGAUGUUUAAAUCUGAGCACAGUCGCAUGCCCCUUUAUAAAACGCAGUGCUGUGGUAACCAGAUUAUUGUAAGCAUUUUUUUUUCUCUUCCCCUAAAACAUUUACAUUUGUUUUUCACUUAAAGUUUGUUGGCUGGUUAUAUCCAAUUAAAUGGAAAAAAUGACCUAACGUAACAUGGUUUCAGUGUUUACAGCACAAAAACCUGCCAUUUUAACAGGAGUUUUAUAUCCACUGUAGCGGGACUGAAAACUCGCUGAGACCUUUUAUCCUUAGUUAAUGCUAUUAUCCUGAACACAGUUACACAAAGGUCUGUGUAGAACAACUCAACCCUUAAUAAAGCUGGUUUGAAAGUG